UGCACGUGAGUCGCUGAGGCUAGCGGAGGACAGUACAGCGCAAGAGAGCGCAUUGAGAUGUAAUUGGAGGUAGUUGGUUGCAAUAUGAUACAAGAAAAUUUAAGGAAUGCAUGAAAACAUCAUCGUCAUCACUAUCAUUACAGAGAACUAUUUACCUGUGUUUCAAGAACGAUUCAGCAUAUAACGGAUACACUUGAGAACUGACUUAAACUUGUUGAUGUAAAAUAAUUUUCAUCAAGCGAAGGGCCAGUACUUAUCAGAUAACAUGUAUUGGCUUAAGAUUUCAUGUAUUCUGUGCCUGUUUGGAUGCUUCAAAGAUUUUCGGCCCUCCGAGUCAUUCGUGACGGAUUACUUGACUGGGCCAUGGAAAAAUUUCACGGUCAAGGAGGUGAAUCAAGAUAUUUAUCCCGUGGCCACGUACAGCUACUUAGCUACGCUUGUACUUGUAUUCCUGAUCACAGAUUUUGUUAGAUACAAGCCUAUCAUAAUACUCUGUGGUCUCUCCGGCAUUGUCACGUUCCUCAUGAUAAUACUCGGCAAGACCGUAAUAGUGUUCCAGAUCGUGGAGUUCUUCUACGGUCUCUUUAUGUCUUCAGAAGUGGCCUAUUAUACUUACAUAUAUGCCAAGGUGGAAAAAAAACAUUAUCAAGAAGUGACUGGUCAUACGAAAGCAGCCAGUCUGUUUGGCCGCAGUAUGUCCGGCAUCGUAGCACAAUUAACGGCCUCCUUCAACUUACUGGAUUAUCACCAGCUCAAUUACUUAACUCUUUCAGCCAGCGUUCUUGCGACCAUCUGGUCGCUGUUCCUGCCGUCCGUGAGUCAAUCGAUAUAUUUCCAUCGCACCAGCAGUUCCGACGAAGAACGGGACAAGCAGGUCGAUUUGCAGUCGGUUACAAUCGAUCAUCAAUUGCAGUAUCGCAGUAGUUCACAAGAAUCGUUGCGCAACGAUGAAAAUGGUAGAGCAAAAUGUCGUUGCUUCGCAGGAUUCAGAUCGCCGCUAUUCCACAAGAUCAGGAAGGCGUACGCACUGUUGUGGAAACACUUUGUGCAGGCCUAUACUAAUUACCGCGUGCUCAAGUGGUCAGUUUGGUGGGCGCUGUCUACUUGUGGCUACUUGCAGAUCAUAAAUUUUAUACAGCUGUUGUGGCAGACCGCGGUGAAACCGGGUGACAUGAUCUAUAAUGGCGCUGUGGACUUCAUCUACGCGAUCUUAGGUGCAAUAACUGUAUUUUGCGUGGGGAAGGUACAUUUAAACUGGACCUUAAUAGGAGACGUGAUGUUGGGCAUCUUCUCGCUCCUGGAAGGCGUUAUACUAGUGGCAGCCUCUUAUAGCUACAACAUUUGGUUCUUGUAUGCUGGCUACAUCAUAUUUGGUGUAAUUUACCACACCAUGGUUACUGUUGCAAGCUUCGAAGUCGCCAAAUAUAUAUCCGAGGAUAGUUAUGGCCUGAUAUUCGGAGUGAACAUGUUUUUUGCAUUAGCGUCGCAGAGCCUGCUGAUGCUAAUAGUCGUUAACAUACUUGAGUUGGAACUCAGCCGACAGUUCUUCGUUUACGGCAGCUAUUUUGUGGUCUUGGCUAUGAUAUACAUUGUAAUAGGCAUCGUUAACCUUGUACAACAUCGUCGCAGCGGCGAGGGCUUCCACUUCUGGGUCGGCAGCGAUAAUAAAUCUCCGACGCAAAAUGCGAACGGCUCGCGUAACACAACGUCGUUCAAAUCCGAGAGUGAAUGAUAAUAGCACAAUGCUAGACAGAGAUAGACGUAUUUUAGAUCGCAAUUGCAUCUGUAAUUUUAUUUUACAUUGUUAUUUUAUAAUUAUGUAGACAAUUUUAUUGGCAGAUUAAUCUGUCGCAUGAUCAUUUUAAAGAAAAUAUUUAUUAUUGUUUCUUCGCGGCGUAUUAUUGUUUUUAAUUUAGACAUAUUGUUGUACAUAUCAUGUAUAUAAAUGUGCGCGCAUACGUGCAGUAUUAAUUGUUAGACAAAGAUAUUUUAGAAAGAAAUUUUUAUAAAAUGAUAAAGUUGAGGUACUCUUUACAUCUCUUGAUUAUUAUAUGAAAGAUUUAUUAUUGGCUUAUUAAACCUUUUUUAAAAAUUAGAGACGAUUUGGAAUCUAAUGUUUCACAAAGAGGAAGAUAAAAAUCUUUUUCAAGUAACAAAAAUGUCAAAUUUGCAUUCAUUAUUUCUAUUUUAAUUGAUACAAAUUAGUAUCAGAUUAUCCAAUUCCAGCUUUGCAAGAAAAGCGAAGAGCUCUGCGUCAACUUAGCAUUGCCAUUUUGCGAUGAGAAAUGCUUAGUGCUAAGUUAUUUGCAUUAAUACAGUACACGAUUUGUUGCAUUUAUUUAUUUGUUUUUGAAAAGAGUCUUUUACAAAAGAAAAAAAUGGAAAAGACCUACUAAGAAGCAGUAUUGUUAGAAUGAGCAUUCAUUGCAGUGAAUUUUGUAAUAUUAUAUAAUAUUAUAUAAUAUGGCAUUUGAAUGAGAGAUGAUUCAGUACAACCAGAAA